AAUCUGAACACGAUCAUCUGUGACCCUAAGCCCAAAUCUUGAUUUGAGGCAAUUAUACAGACAGAACACACACUGCUUGUCGUGUUUCGAGACUUGGAUUUUGAAGGGUUCGGAUCUUGUUUCUCGUUUCGUCGCCGUCGCCGUCGCCGUCGCCGUCGGCAAAGGGAAUUUGAUUGAAGUAAGAAGCAAAUAUGGCAGAACUAAACAUGGGUAUUCUUAUAGAUAUUGUGGACGAGGAAUGGAUGAGAGACACUUUGCCUGAUGAUGAUCUUGCUUUACCACCAGUGAUGGUUGUGAGGACUGAUGAUGCUGAAGAUUCAAAUCAGGAUACUCAACAUGUUGAUGCAGAUGCUUGGCAUGAUUUGGCCUUAGGCAAUCAGUAAAGUUUUCUGGUGCCCAGGGUUUUGUUUUUCUGUUGUGGAUUCUGUCAAAGAUAGUUGGACCUUUGUUUGUGAGACUUUAUUUUCCUAAUGAUCUGAAAUCCAGACCUGUCCUACCCUGUUUGUUCAGAAAAACAAUUACUCUUUUAUGUAAUUCAGUUGUGUAAAAUGGUUCCCACAUGCUCA